AUGAUAGCACGUAUGGCUGCGGAGGUGGCGGUGUGGAUGGGGCUUGCGGGCGUGCUGGCGGAGCUGUUGGCGUGGAGGGUGCAGAAGGGCUUCGACGACAAUCGCAAGGCGGAGCUCGACACCUGGUGCGCCGGUCGCGCGCGCCCGCUGCAGCAGCAGUUCAUAUCCACGUCCGACCACUUUAAGGUAGCAGACGGUCGACACGCGGUAGAUCGACGACCAUCUGGCACGUGUAGUACUACUAGUAGGCGAAAGGCGGUGGAGGGGUUGGUGAUGGUGUUUGGGAGGAUACAAAAGGACCCAUGGGGGGCGCACAACAACUUGACUCAGCGGCUCUUUGCCAACUACAUUCUCCGCACGCAGGCCGCCCGCCCCUGGGUGCACGCCAUUGCCUACGGAGCCUUUGUUAACGGCUCUGAAAGGGCGGUUUUUGAGCGGCGAAUGGGGUGCACACCGGGGGACAUGCAGGAGAGGCCUGCCCCACCCGCAGACUGGUACAUGGACAUGCGCUUCUGGUUCGACGAGCAGGGCCCCUUCCCCUUGGUUGAGAACAGCACGACUUGCUCCGAUGGCCACCUGCACCCGUCGUACGGGCCGGAGCUGACGCGCAUGAAGAUCACGGGUGCAGCCAUCCUCACCACGCCCUAUUUUCUAAACAAUGGCCAUCCCGGCAUGGCCAUGAUGUUCCCGAUCUUCAAGGGCAACGUGACGGCAGCAGCGCCGUGGGCAGAGAGGCAGGCAGUGAUCAUGGGCGGCAUGGCGGUAUCGGUGGACUUUGAUCGUCUCGCCGAAUCUAUCAUUCUUGAAGUGCUCCGACAAGUCGUGGAGCGUUCCCUUGAGGUCUAUGACGUCAACCCCAUGGAUGGUCCGCGCCUGCUGUACGGGGUGGGGGGCUUGGACGUGCCUCAAGGCGACCCCUUGCAAGUGGCUAAGAUCAUUCCGCCCUUGAACGAAACCAUGUUGCAGCCGCAGCGCCACAAGUCAGUGCAGCAGAUCAAUUUCACCGACAUACCAAGAACAUACCAGCUCUGGUGCCGCUUUCAGGGCUCGGACGAAGCCCACAGCAUGACUGCUGUGUUCCUGGGGGUGAUCAUCCUUGUGGUGGCGGCACUGCUGGCUGCCAUUGGCGUGAGCGUGACGAUCAACAUGCGGAGGCUGCGCGAGAAGACUAUUUCUAUGGCGAUUCUGAAGGAGAAGGCGGAGGUGGCGGAGCGCAACAAGGGUGCACACAUCGCCAACACAUCGCCAACACAUCGCUUGAGCUGCGCACCCCAAUAUUUGGCAUGGAAGGUUCGUGGCAAUAAGGUGCAUGGGUGA